AACACCAAACAAAUUCAUGCAAUAUUUAUUAAAAAUCAAAUUACAAUAAUUCAAAACCAAAAAGUCUAGCCUCUACACAAAAUUUAGCUAUAUAUGUCAAUGAGUUUUGACAGAAUUGAAGAAGAAAAAAAGCUUUGAAAAUUUUUGGUGUUGAAAAAAAAAAAAUGGAAAUCAAGAAUGAACAAAAAUCACCAUUGUUAGAUGGAUGGAACCUUAAUGGAAGUAGAAGAAAUUCAGUUACAUCUUUAAGGGGUGAUUUCUUGGCAAGAUUGCCUAAAAAAGUUAUGUCUUGUGUUAAUGUUGAUGUUGAAUCUUCAUCAAAUCUUGAUAUAUCAAAAUCUUCUACCUUAUCUAAAGGAGAAAUGGAUUACUAUGAAAAACAAUUUGAGACGUUGAAGUCAUUUGAAGAAGUUGAUUCCAUCGUGGCAUCUGAGUGCAUUGAUGAUGAGAAUCUUGAAGAACAAUAUCAGCAUGAGAUGGCAAUGAAGAUCUCCAAUUAUGCAAACGUUUUAUUACUAGCUCUUAAGAUUUAUGCCACGGUGAAGAGUGGUUCUCUAGCUAUUGCUGCAUCUACAUUGGAUUCCUUACUUGAUCUCAUGGCUGGUGGCAUACUAUGGCUCAGUCACCUUUCAAUGAAAGAUAUCAACAUCUACAAAUAUCCUAUAGGGAAGUUGCGAGUGCAGCCAGUAGGAAUCAUUAUCUUUGCCGCUGUUAUGGCUACACUUGGCUUUCAGGUGUUGAUUCAGGCUGUAGAAAAACUAGUUGAAAAUAACUCUCCUGAAAAGAUGACGUCGGAUCAGCUUGUCUGGUUGUAUGCUAUCAUGAUAACAGCCACAGUGGUAAAACUUGCCCUUUGGCUAUAUUGCAGAAGCUCAGGAAACAACAUUGUUCGUGCCUAUGCAAAGGAUCACUAUUUUGACGUGGUUACUAAUGUAGUUGGAUUGAUAGCAGCUGUACUUGGUGAUAAGUUCUACUGGUGGAUUGAUCCUAUUGGUGCUCUUAUUCUUGCAUUUUAUACCAUCACCAAUUGGUCAGGAACUGUUUUAGAAAACGCAGUGUCAUUGGUGGGACAGUCAGCACCACCUGAAUAUUUGCAAAAGUUAACAUAUCUUGUUAUAAGACACCCUCAAGUGAAGCGCAUUGAUACAGUUCGGGCGUACACAUUUGGUGUCUUGUACUUUGUAGAGGUUGAUAUUGAACUGCCGGAAGAUUUGCCUUUGAAAGAAGCACAUACCAUUGGAGAAACUCUACAAAUAAAGCUCGAGAAACUCCCCGAAGUUGAACGAGCAUUCGUGCAUCUUGAUUUUGAAUGUGAACACAAACCAGAGCAUUCUGUCCUCAGCAGGCUGCCAAAUACUGAACCUUAGCUUCAUGGUUUACGUCAUGCCCGGAUAAGAGAACAGACCAACUAUGAGAGACGUGGACAAACGGAGGAGAGUUGCAAUUACUUUAGAUUCGGGGUUCGGUUCGUUGCUUUUGACAAACAUUUUAACUAGUGGUAUAAAUAUGUAUAUUCUUAUGAUCCAGCUCAGUGGAUUGUUGAAGAGAUAUAUAAAGAACUUGACCUUAAUUUCAGUGUGA